CAAAUAAAGACAUUUUUAUCACCACUGUGUCCCAUGUCCUUCCUCCUCGAAGGCCUGAGGGAAAUGAGGGUAACACAGUGGGGAGAAGGUUAUUAUAACUGUUGCGAUGAACGUCAUUCCAGCAAGUGGUUACGUCGUUCACGCAAGUGGUCAUGCGGAACCAAAGUUUACUCACCUGUGUGCACCCGAGGGGAAGGCAUUAACGGACGCACCUGCUCUUUAUUUUGGAUAAAGUCGGCAAAACGCAUUGGUAGCGCGACAAGCAAAGGGUCAAAUCUACACCAAGUGCUUCUGGAACUGUGCUGUGAUUGUGUACUGAAAAGUAGACUCUGAACGGACAGCCGGUUUUUCACCUGUAAAUGCCUGGCUUGAGGAAAGCGAAGAUAAAAUAAAAAGGGAUAAAGAGUCCAAAAAGAAGGCCUGGUUAUUCUGAGUGAAAUCCAGUUAUAUGUUCAGUUUUGGUACAUCCCUAUCAAGUGAGGGGUAAAGCACAGUAAGAAUUGUGAUCACUUGACAGUGAAAAACCGCUGUAAGUUGGUUUAUGAAGCUUCAACUAAGCCUGCCCACUUAAGCUCCUGUCUAAUAGCUGCCAAGGCAAGCCCAGUACCUCCCAUUUAGAGUUCACCAAGGUUUAGAAUGGCCGAGUCAAAGUCUCUGAAGCAAUUAAAGAGAGAGCGAAUGACUGCCAAACAGCGGUUUUCCCGACUAGCAAACUCCGUAAUGAAGUCUUGCAAGAAAAUGUCGGCCGAUGAAUUGAUGGAAGCCUUCAAUAAGGUUGUGCUGGAUGCUGAUAAGGUCUUGGAGGCGAAUGAGGAGGUGGAAAUUGCCUGGUUGGAGGAGUUGGAGCAUGUGUCGACCCCGAAAGAGAGCAUGAGAGAUGACAUCAAAAGGACAGUGGAGGAGUGUGAACAGAAACUUGACGACGUGGAGCACUUCGUUCAGAAGGUCCUAUGGGGAAAUUUCGGCAACUCUGAAUUGACUGUGGCCCUGGAGGCUGCUGAAAAGGAGUGUAAGCGCCUUUCGAUGAGUCAGCCUGGCCUGAAGUUGGAGGUGUAUGAGUUGAUGCUUAAUCACCUUGAGGGGCUGGUAAAGGCAGCGAAAGAGGCUGUUUUUCGAUGGAGUCGUUGGAUCUCAGAUGCAGAGCGGCCUGACUUUCAGCAGCGUAUGAGGAACAUAGAGAGUUUGUUGCCUGAGUUGAUUUCGGGGAAGGCUGACCUAUUACAGGCGAAGUUGGAACAUAAUGGGUCCUCAGAUGCAACCCUGCCCCCGCCUCCAGCUAUUAAGCUGAGGCCAACAGCACUCCCUCGGUUUGAUGGAAAUAGGCGGAACUUUUACCUCUGGAAAAAGGAAUGGGAAGCAUUGCAAAAGCAAGGAGAACCCACUGGGUCCAAGGAGACAUUUAGCUUACCCUUUCCAGAGAAGGGGUUGCUAGCGGAGAAUGACCUCAAGGAGUUUCCAGUUAUAAUGAUGAUCCUUGAGGUCACUGCCAAUGCUGGGCAGAAGAUUGGAACUUUGAUAGACCUGGCAUCUGAUACCAAUUAUAUUACCCAUGAGGCUGCUGCGGCUGCUGGAUAUAAAGAGAUCACCAGUGACUACUCAGAUGUGGAAAUUGCCAACCUGGGGGAAAGGAGAUGA